AUAGAUUAGAGUCAGUUGUUGCUUCUCCUGCUCACAUUUUACUCGUAGGCUAGGAGAAACCUUUGCUGGGAGGUUCGCUUUGAAGUUAUCUCCCCGUGUGUGUAUUCCUCCUUCAAGCGCCGCGACUUCAGGACUGCCCCAUCCAUCCAUCCAUCCAUCCAUCCACCCAUCCAUCGAUCCCCGCCUCCUUGUGAUUACAAAGAAAGAAGCGGAGCUCAAAUUGUCAGCCAUCAAGACAUUUCCUUCCGCCGGCAUCUCGCUCUAAUUACAGCAGGAGUUUAGUGCAUUUUCCAGAGUCAACGAAAGGAGGGAAUGCUCAAUUUCUAGAUCUAGCCCGAAGAACAAACACUGUUAUCGUCUCUCGCGCGCUUACCCGACCUUGGCCGGGAAAAAAAAAAUUGUCCGUGCUGUUUUGCUCUUGUUUUGCCUGCAGCAGGCUCGAAAUACGAUUCGCCGGUGACACUUUCAUACCUGAAUCGAUUUAGUUUAGAGAAGAACUUACGCGUCGACGGUCAACGUCCCUUUAAAACAAUAAUACUAUUCUGAAACAAGAGGGCAGCUGAGCUGUGAACAUACCGUCUUAUUCUGAUUGAAGAAAGUUGAACAACCCCAUUAUUUUUUCCCGAAUUGUGUAACAGGUGUCAUUCGCAGCUGUGCGAAUGCGAGUCUCACAAAAAAGAUAAUUUAUGUAAAGAGAACACUCUAACAUUUGUGGUGAGUUCUCUUCGUAGCCACGAGGAAACUGGGACAGCUAUAAUCAUACCAUUGAUUUACUAUUACAAGGUUAGCCAGCCCGGAUAUUCCCACAUUCUCGGCGCAAUUUGAACCUUGUUAUCAUCUCUCAUCACAGUUUUUCCCUCCAUACAAAGCGAAGUAAAACACUUCACGCAAAUCUUGUAAAUUAUUUUUAUUGCUGUUGAUUGCUCCAGAACUUAAGACUUAAUCAGCACAAUUUUUACAUUCAAGUUUGAUCUGUGAUUUUCUUUUCACUGUGAAAGGCUCAAAACUUUGAGACUUGCAAUUUUUUUGCCUGAAGCAAGAAAGAAAUUCCGUGACAUCCUAUAGAAAGGGGAAAAAAAUCCACCCUAUCGUAGAAGAGGAGAUAAACUAGAGUGACCCUGUCAGACCAGAGAAGUGACCAACUAUGCUUGUGUCUCCGCGAGCCUUAGACAUGAACGCCAACGCUGAGUUCAGCCCUCUCCACCAGCGACGUCUGAAGCAACAAAUGAACAACACCCGUCUCCAUGACAACCACCGCCACCACUUGCUAGCCCAUCUCGGACAGAAUCAGAACACGACAGCGUUCAUGCAACAGCAACAGCAGCAACAACAACAACAACAGGAUCUCAGCCGAAGGGCGUUUCAGAACAACAGCACCGCAACCAAGUCCAGUUUCUCCCCACGUCUUGGACACAGGGUCAAGUUCCCGCCACAUAUCACCAUCUGCGCGCCGGACAGCGGUGACGUCACAGCUCUGAAGUACGAAGAACUGGACAACGAGGUGUUCCACUCUCCCCCCUCCCCCACCACGUCAUCCCCCACUCGGACCCGUGCUGUUCCGUCGGACGAAAAACACGAGGUGCACGCCGGGAGACUUUACCUCAUACGCCACUCCGGAAGCGGAAGCAGCGGCGGCGGAGGCUCGCCAGUACCGCCAUCUUCUCCCUCCAAGUCGCCGAGCCGGUCCCCCGUGACGUCAUUCCCCUUCCGCUCCUCCCCACCUUUCAUGACGUCAUCACAGUCUUCAUCGCCCUCCUCCUCCACCUCCUCUCCCCCUCCCUUCUCGCCUUCCCCCCUAUCCUGCUCCCCUCCCACUACAGGCCAAGGUAACAGCCCCCUGGGACCCCGCAAGACGUCUGUGUACGUGCGAGUGUACCGCUGUAACCUGGACCACUUCGCCGUCAUAUCACGUGACGCCGUCUACACCGCCAAGCCCGUCUACGUCAACAUCCGGAGGUGCAGACUCAUCCCCGGGGACACCCUGGGCCGGUUCGUUUUGGCGGGAAAGCUGGACUCAGGAGAGCUGAUCGAGUUCGAGACACCCGAGCUGUCUUCUCUGGAGCAGUGGCUGGACGUGUUCCAGACGUGCACACCGCCCGGCUCCCCGUCACGUAUGGCAGGAGGGGCGGGCUCAGGGGCUAACGCGGCCAGUGGAGGCGGGGCGGGGGGCGGAGCUAACGUAAACACUCCGCCCAUUCCACGGAGCCCCGCCCUCCCGACGUUAACGGAGACGGACGAAGAGAACUGAAGCAAGAAAAAAGAAAAGAUUGAGAGAAAGAUAUUAUAAAGAACGUGACAAGUUUCGACUUGACCCACGAGAGUCUCCCGUUUGGCGCCCCCCACCAGGGCUAAUGUUGUCAGCAGACGCCGCAAAACGCCCCAUCCCACAAGGGCUUAGGACGUCAUGUGCAUGAACUUUUACUGAGUCAGACUUUGCUGGAUGAGACGCCACCAGUACUCGACACUGCAGUGUAGCAGUCAACGUCUCCUAUCAAGUCCUCCCCUUUCCAGCUUCCGGACAGGAUGACUUUUUUUCAGCCCUAUCAUUGAUCAGGCUGUUUUAGCCAGCAAUGUUCUGCGUGCAUGGACAUAGAUACAAGCUCAAACAGACGAGUGUUGUUGUUAUUGUCCCCCUGUUUAUGUACAAGACUUUAAAGUACAUCACAAGACUUGUACAGAACAUCUCUCCGGACUUCAUGAACUAAACGUGUAUGUUUAUUUUUGUCUGGACCAUAAUUCCAUAUUUCCGUACAAUUUUCAAAGAACUUGAUCGCCGGUUAUUUUGAUAGUACCGGGAAUUGGAACACCAUACGUUGUGAUACAUUCUUAACCUCAAUAUUUAUUGAAAAAAAUACCAUACCGUUCCAAUUUAACAAUAUUCAUAUACUGCCACCCCUUACCCAACACAAUAGAACAAGCAAAAAUCAAAUGGUUCAAAUGUUUUCUCUUUACCAAUCUCCCCCCCACCCAACCUCCUUUUCACCUUUAGAAAAUAGUAACUCUUCGUUUUAGAUCAAGAGAGGCAAGUCGACUUAGAAUUAUUUUGUCCAAAGUCUACUUAAGUAAAGAGGUACUUUGGACAAAACAGUUCUGAGGAGACGCAAGGUCAAUACGAUUUUUUUUUUCAUUAUCGAAACGAAGCAAGCCUUUAAAAAAGAGGAGAGUACCGCCUUGUUGAGAGGGUAAGGGUUCCCAGAAAGGCGGACAGACUUCACCCUUCCUUCUGUUUUGAUUCUUAAUGACCUAUUGCCGCCACCACUGUUGGGUGAUCAGACCUCUACUGGUGUUGUUAAGUGUUACAGAGUUUAGGCUCGAAAACCUUGUGAUUGUUGUAACUUCAGACCCUGAGUAGGUUUGACUACGCAACGUUUUGUUUUGUAUCUAAACACCCAAGUCUCAUGAACGGUGAUUUAGAUUUGUUGAUGGCUUGAAUACUUGGAAAUACUACUGUCUCAAAUUAUCAAUUCUAUAUGGUACUUUAAACGGUGAGAUUCAAUGUAUUAUGCUUUUGGUUAUGUCUUAUAGGGUGUCCAGACGAUGGAGUUGUACAAACGCCAGCGUUCGACAUGCUAGUCAUAGUAAUAAUACUCAUCAUCAAAUUCUCAUUCAGAAUAAAUCACUCUUUUUGCUUGAGUAAAGAGAAGCACUAUGACACAAUAAUGGUUAUUUAGUGCAGGAAAACUUUUAAAAAAAAGAUAGACAGACAUAAGCAACAGAGGGAAAGUAAAUGAGUAGGACCUAGCUAGCAGUGGCGCCCUUCAUCAACCAGCACUCACUCUGUGAUGAACAUGAUCGCUAUCAAAGCAGGUUAGAGAACGUUGACCGAAUCCGACAAAAUGCACGGUCUGCACAUCCUACUCUUUUACUUUCCUCAUGUCUCUUAAGAAAAGGCAAAUCUCAAUGACCAUGAUGUAUUCUCUUUCCGUUGGUGUUGUCAGUGGUUGGUAUCCUCAUGUCUGUUCUCUCUCCAUGUUGCAUCGUUUAUCACUUUGGAGCAAGAAAAACAUCAUAUUAUUUGUAUUUAGCUUCAGCUUUCAUGACGAGGCAGCGUUCUAAGGUAUCAAAGAGUGACUACCCGAAGCAUGUUGGAAUAAAUACAUGCUUUAGGAACGCGUAUGGCAUUGGUAUCUCAACAAAAAAAAUCCCAACCAAAAAUUGCCAGAGAGAAAAUAUCACUAUGGCCUCGCUUGCAGCAUAUUUGUAAUCCAUGCUUAGAGCAUAAUAUUCUGUGUGUGGUGAGCUACCCCUCUCAAAAAACACUUAUUGUGAGCAAUGCUUUUGUUGUAAACUAUUAUUUCUUUCAUAUACAAUUAUAAUAUACAUUCCCUUAUCUGGUCUAGUCUGGCCUUCAUGUGGGGCGCACACCAGUUUGGAAAUACCCACAUUUUUGGGGCUGCGAAGAUUAUGCUUAGACAUUACCUGGUCGAUUCCAGUUUGUGUAUUGGCCUGUCCUAAUUCUUAACCUGCAUUUGCCUUGGAGACCCGAACAAAUGUGUGUCCUGCGUGAUAUGCCAGACUAGGGAUUGAUGUAAAAACUUCUCGUUAUCGUGAUAUAAAAAAGAAACUGUGAUUGAAAUUUAUUUUCAGUAAUGUUAUGGUCUUGACAUAUCUGUAAGCACCUUGGUGUGCGAACAAUUUGGUCUACAUCAAAGUACUCUUUCUAUGGGGUUGAUGUUGACUGGCAGGGAACGCAAACAUGACGCCAUCUUGAAAGUCAACUACAGAGACUUUAAACGUUACACAGUUCAGAAACUUCCCAAGAACUCUUUGGGCAUCUGCUAUUUUUAUUCCGGUGGAAAUGCUCCCAUACGUCACUUCAACUUCCCUUUUGAUAAAAUAUUAUAUAAAAAAUGUAUAAACAACUUUCAGUCGAUUUAUGUGACUGAUAAGUACUCUUCUGGACUCCUUUCAGUGUGCCUGGGUGUCCGACGAAUUGAUGAUUAGAUAUAAAAUAGGGGUCAAGAAUAAAAAGACAGACGGGAUGUAUCUUUUUUUAAAAUUUAAAGUAUUUCUUUGGGGUAGCAAAUGUAAGAAAAUAAGGAUACAAUAGCCUAUAUUUUCAAAUCUAUGAAAACAAGUUGAAUGCUCUGAAAAAAGCCAAAACUGCCCGAUGCUUUGGUCUCUGUCUUUUUACAGAAUUGUUGGUGUUUCUAUUUAUCUGCCCAUUUGUUUGAUACAAUACUCCCCCACCCCAUCCCAUUUCCCCAAUAUUUACUGUUCAUUCUGCUUAAGUCUUUCUGUCAAUGGUUGACCCUUUUCUUUUUCCCAUUGUGUCACUCUUUAUAGUCUUAAUGUUAUUUGAUGGAGAGAAUCUUGUUCUCUUUGAUGACGACAAAUGAAAUAUUUGUGAUUUGAUGCUUUUAUUAAAAAACUGUUUACAUUUUA